AUGGAACACGAAAGAACAGCUCUUGCUGGGGCGGCAAGCGAGUCCCAAUCAUCUUCCUCUGACAUUUUAUCUGAGAUCUCUGUACCUUCAUUGUCGAUGAUCGAAUCCAGUCCCGAAACCAGCAACAACACAUGGUCUUGUAUUUUGAAGUUGACAGCUGCAAGGUUGAUAGCAAUGUAUCCGACGAAGAGCGGGUUUGGAGUUUUGAAGUUGGCAAGUGACUUCAGCAGCAGCUUCAAAAACCGUUUGGCUGCUCCUUUGCUACCUUCCAACACGCUGAACAAACAUCUCAACAAAGUUUUCUCUUCCAACAGGCUCGGAGACAGUCUCGAGCGACCGAACAACUGGAAUUUGGGACGACUCAAGUGCAACGAUCGUUGGAAUGCACAGUUUCGGGUUGGCAAAGCCAAGAUUGACCACGAGUUUCAAGAAAGUGACUGCCCGCAGCGAAUGGUCAGACUCGUCAAUAAGACAGUUCUUCAAAACAUGGUGGAGGUAUCUCUGGACAAGAGACGAGCAGAUUCCAUCGUUGACGUACUCUGCGGACUCUCCAUGGAACACCUUGACGUUCAAUUUGGUUGUCUUGGAGUCUUUGAAGUCCAGACCGUUUUUCAACAGCGCCUCACGGUCCUGCAGCUCCAAGAACGUGGACAGAGUGUUGAUGACUAUGUCUUGGAGAUCGAGGUCGUUGGUUUCAAAGACCGAGUCCAUUACGCCCAGAAUGCGCUCGCUCAUAAAGUAGCGUGGGUGGGUGAUGCACACGUUGAGCAGGUUCUUGAUGGCCACUCGUUGCGACCCCACGUCCAACUCGUUGUUGCAGAACAUGGUGAUGUGUCUGAUGAUGAACCCAGAGACCGUGUCUGUGUCUUUGAAGCCGAGUUUCGACGCAGCAAACAGGGUGGAGUGGCUGUCGAGAUGAGAGUGUCGGCCUAA